AUGCAGGAUGAUCGAUCCUCUCUUCCGUCAUCUUCCCAAGUUCCUCUUCCAACAACCACAACAACCAGCAGGACCUCAACGACCACGGUAAUGCCCGAUCCAAUCAUUCCUAGUAGUUUCCGGCCUCCGAGGUAUUUAUCUUCUCAACAUGCUCAACCAACUCCUCCCUCUUCCUCCCACUUUAAUUAUUCCUUCCGAAUUCAAUUAAUGCUUCAAAAACAUUCCAUGUUCAAUCCACUACUCUGUACCAAAUGCGAGAGUGAUGAAAAUGUCUUGCAGGAUCGUUCCGAGGGUACGAUGGUGUGUCGGGCGUGUGGACUUGUGGUGACGAAUCAUCUCAUUGAUUGGAAUGAGGAAGAAAAGAGAGAUUUCCAUCAGGAUGAGAAUGCACAGUAUAGUAGUGAAAGUUCCUCACAUUCACGAGUGGGACAAUCAUUGUUUGAUAUGGAUGAAAAUACAGUCGUGAUGAUGACAACAACGAGUAGUAGGAAUAGUAAUGGCGAAAAUGUUGGAGAUUUAACAUUAGGAACACAAAUUGCAAAUCAUAGAGACAAACAAUUCAUCAAACUAGGUUCGAAAAAUUUGGAAAGAGAGUUUCUUUUUGAGGGUUUUACAAAGAUUUCGGAUAUUAUUUUGAACAAGUUGAAGUUGGAAUCCAAGUAUACAUUUCGAGUGAAACAAUUAUUGAAAAUUUUGUAUACCAAUCACAAACACAAGUUGAAUAAGAAGACUCUAUCUGAAUGUAUUGGUGCAUGUUUGUAUUGUGGACUCAAGGCAGAGGGAAUUGCAAAAACACUCAAAGAAUAUUCUGUCUUGUUGCAAGUGAAACUGAAAUCAUUGAACUCGUGGAUCUCUUUGAUUAAUAAGGAUUCAGAUACAAGACAAUUAAUUCAAACAGAGAAGUACAACUCACCUCAAUCCUAUGUUGAGAAAUUUGCCGAUGAUUUGAAAUUAUCUACCAAAGUCAAAUAUCAAAUUUUGGAAUUUAUUGAGAAAUUAAUGACCAUUCCAGAUGAUGAGAUGGCUAAGGCAUUAAUUGGUAAAAGUCCAGCGACAAUAGCUGCCGUUUGUAUUUUAAUUAUUGGAGAAAAAGAACAAAUUAAGGAUAUUAAUUUGGAUAGCAUGGAGGGUGUGAGUGGAAUUACCAAGCAAACCCUCUCUAGAUCUUUAAAAUUAUUGAACAAGUAA